CUGUUCCAGCUCACCUUUGUGCGGCUGCACUUGAGGAAAAGUCAAGAGUCAGACAAGAAAAGUUCAGAUAGUCAUUAUCUGAAGGAUAGUUGUAGAGGCUGCCUUAAAGCUGCCCACAACUUUCCCCACUCAUUACUGUGGUCUUCGGACAGUCGACGUCACAAUGAGCGCCUCCGUGGCCGUAUACCGGAGCAUCUUCACAGAAGACCGUUUCAAACAAGCCUACGGUUCCGAAGAGGACAACACCAGUGCAAGUUUGAGGCUCCGGGACAAGCUGGCGGUGAGGUGCAGGUGUUCACAGCGGGCAUGCCUUCACUUGCUGCGGGAGAGAGUUCCUAUUUUCGACUGGCUGCCCAGGUACCGCUUCAAGAAAUGCAUUUUAGGGGAUACAGUUGCUGGACUGACAGUGGGUGUCCUCCACAUCCCACAAGGAAUGGCCUUUGCACUGCUCACAUCUGUAGCCCCUAUAUUUGGUCUCUACACAUCUUUCUUCCCUGUGGUCCUCUACAUGAUUUUUGGCACUGGGCGACACGUAUCCACUGGUACGUUCGCUGUGGUGAGUUUAAUGACUGGCUCCGUGGUAGAGCAGCUGGUCCCCACUCCGCUGGAGAUGAACUCCAGUUCAUCAGAACCAUCUGAUUUUGAGCUCCAGAAAAUUGGUGUGGCCUCAGCUGUAGCCCUUCUUUCAGGAAUUAUUAUGCUCUGUAUGUUUGGUCUUCAGCUUGGCUUCCUCUCCACCUAUCUGUCAGAGCCAAUUGUUAAAGCUUUCACGAGCGCUGCUGCCUUCCAUGUUACUGUCUCACAGCUGCAAAGCAUGCUGGGGCUGCGCCUUCCUCGUCACACGGGGACUUUCUCCCUCUUUAAGACUUUAGGGUCUGUGUUGCAGAACUUGCCUCAGACCAACACGGCAGAGCUGCUGAUCUCCUUGGUGUGUUUGGCGGUUUUGGUUCCGGUGAAAGAGAUCAACACACACUACCGACAGCGCUUGCGUAUGCCUAUACCUGUGGAGAUUCUCACAGUGAUCAUUGCCACCGGUGUUGCCUAUGCCUUCUGCCUGGACUCAAUCUAUGAGAUUGAAAUUGUUGGCCACAUCCCAGCAGGCUUUCCAAAGCCAAGGCUGCCUGCUUUGAACACUUUACCCCACAUUGCUGGAGACACGGUCGCCAUCACAUUUGUUGGCUACGCUGUGUCUGUCUCACUGGCAAUGAUCUAUGCUGAUAAACAUGGAUAUUCCAUAAAUCCCAACCAGGAGCUGCUGGCUCAUGGUAUCUCCAACACCGUAUCUUCCUUUUUCACGUGCUUCCCAAGUUCAGCCACUCUGGCCACCACAAACAUACUGGAGAGUGCAGGGGGAUACACACAGUUUUCUGGCCUGUUUACCGGUAUAGUUGUUCUAAUUGUUCUGCUGCUGAUUGGACCGCUGUUCCACUUCCUACCUAAGGCAGUCCUGGCAUGCAUCAACGUGACCAGCCUGAGGCAGAUGUUCUUGCAGUUUCAGGACUUGCCAGAACUGUGGAGAAUCAGCAAGAUUGACUUUAUGGUGUGGGUGGUAACAUGGCUGUCUGUGGUGGUUCUCAAUGUGGAUCUUGGUUUGGCCAUUGGGGUCGUGUUCUCAAUGAUGACUGUCAUCUGUCGCACACAAAGGGCUGGAUGUUCUGUGCUUGGUCGGGCCAGUAACACAGAAAUUUACAGACCUGUGGAGAAUCACAGUAAGUGCUAUGAGGUGCCAGGGAUAAAGAUCCUGACAUACAAUGGGCCUAUUUACUACGGAAACCGUAGCUUUUUCAAGGAGGAGAUGAGCAAGUUGUUGGGCCUGACGCCAGAAAAGAUCCGCAGUCGAGAAAAGGAGAGAAAAGCUCUGGAGAAGCGUGAAAGACAGACCUUAGUCAACACAGUGGAGAGAGGCAUAGAAAACACAUGUUUUUCUUCAGAAAAUGAGUUGUUUAAAUCGGAAACAUCUGAGAGUGAAGUCCAGACAGUUCUAAUUGACUGCAGCAGUGUGGUGUUUGUUGAUGUUGCCGGAGCAAGACUCUUUACUCAGAUGUGCAUCGAAUGCCAGAAAGUUGGAGUUCACGUGUACAUGUCCAACUGUAAUGGAUCACUUGUGAUCUCUGUUCCCUCAGAGAGCGUUCUAAAGAUCCUCACAUCAAGCGGCCUCAUGAACCACAUGAAGCCUCAGCAUAUUUUUGUGACUGUACAUGAUGCUGUCAUGUACAUCCAGCAGCAGAAGGAAAAACAUCCUGAAAACACCACAACUGUUUGGGUGUGAGACAGAUGCACAGUGAUGAGAAGUCCUCAACCAAGUAUUUGGGACCCAAAUAUUCUAUUUGGUUAUUCCUCAGAGAUUGCAAUGUGUACUUGUGUUUCCAAGAUGCAGUAGCCUGUUGUAGCAUUAUUAAGGCUUUACAGUGUUACCCCUUUUUAUGCAUGGUAUGGUUUAUUUGUUUCAGACCUUAAGGAACAUCACAUGGUUACAUUUGCACAGUUCAACAUGCCCGAAAAGGAGUAGUAAGAAGCUGACUGUAUUUAACCCCACUUUUGUUUUUUACUUAUAGUUCACGCACAUCAUAUCUUCUACAGUACGUACAAUAUUUAGUCUGCUUACAUUUUGUCAUUUACAUUUUGUUUACUUCCUGUGUGAAAGGAAGGGAAUGUGUGGAGAUGUAAGCAUACUGUCAUAUAUGCUGGAAUUUUUGAAGAGAAUAUUCUUUGAUUGCAAUGUAGAGAUAAAUAUGCUGAGAAGUGCACUGUACCCUAUUUAUAAAUGUUUAAUGUGUUCUUGGCAUGCCAUCCAAUACUUUUUGGUAUUUGUCUGCAGCUUUCCCAAUGGCUGUUUUAAUAUUAAAUAUAUUUCUAUUUAAGUUUUGUAAAUCUAGACUUUAUUAAAAGAGAGAGCAAAAGAGAUAGAGAGUGAAAGAUGUCCGCUGUUUGUUACUUUUCAUUACAGUUCUGUAAAGGGUGGAAUGUGAGGCAUGCUGGACUAAAAUGUGAAGAUGAGUA